ACUACCGAAAGAAAGAAGAACUGAGCCAAAGGAUGGAUGAAUGGCGAGGCUUUCGAUGUUCAGGAAUGUGCUUAUGAUUUACACUUGAUUACGGGUGGGUCCGACCAUCCAAAACAAGCGCCUCCCACAACAACCCCCUGUGCCCACCUCUCGUCACCCCGAUGUCAUUCAUACCCGCAUUCCGUCACAGUCGGGCUAAUUCUGAUACAGGGUGAGGGGAGAGCGUACCCCUGUCAUAACGAAAGCUCAGCCAGCUGUUCGCCCUUCGCGUGCCACUACAUGCAUCGCGGGCGCUGAUUGGCUGGCUGUGGCGGCACGCGGGGUGUCAAGCAUAUCCACACGCGACCUGCGCCCUCUGACCUCGUCCCUCCCGGCUCGCAUAAAUAGGCAAAAAAGCAUCGCUCAGUCACUCAUUCCGACACAGGCCUCGAGCAAGGGUAGCGCGGCAGUUCCGAAAAGAGAGGUGUUUGGUGUUUAUUUGUUGCGGCGAGGAGAAAGCUGUUUCCGGUCACAGAUGAUUUCUGAUGUACACAGCACGAGCGAUCCUCGAGCAGACGACAACAUGGAUCCUGGCCUGCGAUCGCGACUGUGGGACACAGCGCACAAGACACGGCGAGAAGUCCGAAGGGAGCGAAAACAGAAAGCGGAGCGGUCACGCAGAAACCGUCUCAACGAAUCUUUCUCUGAGCUGCAGAACCUCGUGCUGUGUGGAGAUAAUAAGGAUGGACAAAAUGUCGAAGCAACGACUGUGCAGAAGGCCACGAUCUUGGAGGCCACGGUGAGGUACAUCAAGACGAUACAGAGGUCACACGGCGGCGGCCACCACACUCAACCCGCCGACGUCCGCCAGCAGUACCAGCACGGCUUCUCCACCGCCAUCGACAGGAUCGAACACUACCUGGCCAAAGAAGAUGGCAUGUCCGACGCGCUUAGGCUCGUCUUGAAGCAGCACCUGGAGAAGAUGAGACGAGACCUCCUCGGCCCCGCAGACUCUCCGUGGAAUGCCGGGCCAGACUCUUCUUUCAGUACCACUUCCAACGUUGGAGCUGAACCGGCGCAGUCGAUUCCACAGCUGCAGCCACUACAGCAGCAGCAGCAGCCAGGGUACCCUUGGUACCCGUGCUCAGACGGGCCGUUUUCAGGAGCGCACGGCUCGAUGCUGGAUACCCGACUCUCCCCCAUCCACCACCAACCGUAUGUCUGCCCCACAGGGUCCCCUCUGUGCGCAGGUAAUAGCUGGGCUGCACCCGGGAGAGUGCCAGCUGUCCAUCCAUCACAGAACUACCACUCCCCAACCUGGUCCAACGUGACAUCCGCAGCGCAGCUUCAGUACACCAGCACGCCCCAAACACCGAUUCCAGUUAUGUACCCGGUGUCAGUGGACACUCGGGUGGGUAGUUUCAACCCACAGGACAGCGGCUACGGCUCCCCAUCAGUCGCGAUAUCGCCCUUCUACGGGGUGGACGCGGGUGCCCCGGCCUUCCCUCCCGCCUCCAGCCCAUGCAGCUUGGGCGGGGUUUUGAACCUCAGCAAGCGGAGACGCCUGGACCAUUCCUCACCGGUCCCAGCACAUAGCACAAGCAGCGCUCGAGAUGAGCAUCCGACGUCAGCAGGGGGAGACUGCACCUCCUCGGGGCUUGCGGCUGCCGCUGGUAAGAUGUCUUCGUCCGCCACCCCUUCCGGAAGGCGCAGAGAUGAUAAUGAUAUCAACAGUAAAGUGGUCGACAUGUGCGCCAACUCUGUAAGUCCCGAGGACGUGGAAAUCGCGCAGAUCAUGGGCAAAGUCGAUGAUCCAGAUCGAGAUUGUCUCCCCUGCUCGUCCAUGUUUGUCGCCCCUGAGCUGCCCGCCGCCUGGGUGUCGCCACCUGCAGACAAGGCGUCACGCUCUAACUCUGCUGCUGCUCCUGCCUUUUCAUCGCCAUUACUUUCGGCAGCAGAGAAAGCCUCGGAUCCUCACAAGCUUGCGGCUUCUGCAGGUGCCUGGAGGCCAUGGUAAGAGGGAAAACUGAUGAGUGGUCCAUCGGCAUUGUGGGACAUGUUUGAGAUUUUCCUUCAAAACAGACAGCUAAGCUGCAAAGAGUAUGACUUUAAUACGAAGAGAAACUUUAAAAAAGUAUUUCUUUGGUGAUCACAGACUCGCAGACAGUAAUGAUCUUGUCUUUAAAGAGAGAGAGAGGGAGAGAAAGAGAAACAAAUCUUCUGGAGAGGUAUUGUAAUUAACUAAUUAAUUAUUGCAAGAUUCACAGUAAGCCAGCUUGACUUAGAAUACCAUGCAAACAAAAUGUGAAUUCUGAAUUCAUUCGUCGUUUUCCGAUUUCUCAGUUUUGUUCAAGUCCCCACCACGAGUUUCGAAUGGCCAGAUGAUUCUAAGUUCACAAGUAACAACUUAUUGAAGUGUGGGUACCUGUUAAUUUGAACUAUGUACAUGCAUACUGAAGUAUAAAUACGAGUGAGCUUUAACGAAUACUGCCACAUUUUCCUUAGAGGUUUUAGUUCUCUUUUCUGGUGUACUUAUUUAGGCAUUAUUUUUACAAUAGGAUCAGAUUUUUAAAAAAUCGUUGAAAUGAUCAUAAUUCUGAUCCCCAAUUUAAAAAUAAAUAAGUGAAACAGAACGUAGCAAUCAUUCGUGUCACCGAGUUAGCUUGAAAUCGGGAUUCUGCCUCCACCCGUUACCAACCCCACCCAUCGGGGCGUGGGUGUGGAACCUUUGAUGUAAGCUGUGGCGUUUCCCUCCAGACGAAGAUCUUGAACGUCGUUGGCUCGUGGUUCAGUUCCCGACAAGACCCUGCGACAUUCUCGGUCCUUCGUUCUUUGACAUUUUUUUUUUUGUUCAGAUGAGGGUAGGCCUGCUAGCUACCGAUCAGCCCAGAUCAGCAUGUUGGCUUGGACCAAGCUUGCGAGAAACAUGGAGCUGUAAGUGGUGUGUGUUGGGUUUUUCACUUGCUAGUGCAUCCGCCAAAAAAUGUUGGGAAAUGCUUUACAGAACUUGUAGGUAAAACAAGUUAGACUCGAACCCAUCGUGUUAAAUACGUUUACGCCAAACUAUCCAGAUGAACAGGUAGCCACAGUCUAUUAUUUUAUUGAGCAAGAUAAACAAAAUUUGAAAAUAAAAAAGCCCUUAAUCAAAUCCUUUUUAUGCGUGAACUUAAAAAAGAUCGCUAUGUUCAGAUUCAUGUAAUCAAACACCAUAUGUAUGUUUACUUUCAGCUUCUCUAAACCAAACGUUAUCAAAUUUCUGUGAUUUGUCUGUGUACAUUGUCAAGUAUUGUUUGGGGAUUGUAAAUAGUAUGUGUGAUCUUCGUGCACUGUCGGAAGACUGCACUGUUUUGUAAAACCUCAAGCCUCAUGCUGUGCAUCUUAGAAAGCGACAAACCAAAUUUUUUUUCCUCCAAAUUUAUGCAAGUAAAUCACGAUUCGGGUGUCACGUGUACGAAAAACGGAAUGUUUUGUGAACCUAAAUGUUUCCAGGCAAAAUGGCUCGAACUCGGUCAUUCCAAGAGGAUGAAAGAGCUGACAUUGUAGUCAUACCGACAGAAACAAAGAUUAUAGAAGGCUAGUAUUAUGUCUCUGCCACUGAGUUACUGCCAUAUUGUCUUUCAGGGUUCAUCCUCAGUUGGCUGCUGACACUACGAUGGAAGAUGGCAGCACAUUUCUGUACUUAAAAAAACUCUAAAAAUUGUCGUUUUUCCUAUUCUGGAAAGUUUACCCCUGAGAUUAAAAAUAAUUAAAAAAUACAUCGUUUCUUUCCAUGUUUGUUUCGAGCUUUACAUUCCGCACAAAUUAUCUUUCUUGGUGCUUUCUAUACAAGGGCAAAUUGUUGAAAGUUUAAACGAUGUUAACGCAUCUCCUGUGAUAACUGCCUAACGAUUGAUGUGACAGUUGGGCACUUUUGUACCAAACUCAAAUGGCACUACUUAACUACUUCGUUUUAUGUAUUUUGAACUGUUAUAAGC